AUGGAGGUACUUAUGGCAGAACGGGCCGAUCUAGUCUUUCACAAUAACGUGAUAGGUGGAACUGCCAUUAAACGACUUAUUAGCAGAUUAAUAGAUCAUUUCGGAAUGGCAUAUACAUCACACAUCCUAGAUCAAGUAAAGACUCUAGGAUUCCAUCAAGCUACUGCUACAUCUAUUUCAUUAGGAAUUGAUGAUCUUUUAACAAUACCUUCAAAAGGAUGGCUAGUCCAAGAUGCUGAACAACAAAGUUCCAUUUUGGAAAAACAUAAUCAUUAUGGAAAUGUCCAUGCGGUAGAAAAAUUACGCCAAUCCAUUGAAAUAUGGUAUGCUACAAGCGAAUAUUUGCGACAACAAAUGAAUUCCAAUUUUAGGAUGACUGACCCCUUUAAUCCAGUCCAUAUCAUGUCUUUUUCAGGAGCUAGAGGAAAUGCAUCUCAAGUGCACCAAUUAGUCGGAAUGAGAGGAUUAAUGUCAGAUCCACAAGGACAAAUGAUUGAUUUACCCAUUCAAAGCAAUUUACGUGAAGGACUGUCUUUAACAGAAUAUAUAAUUUCUUGCUACGGAGCCCGUAAAGGGGUUGUAGAUACUGCUGUACGAACAUCAGAUGCUGGAUAUCUUACACGUCGACUUGUUGAAGUGGUUCAACACAUUGUUGUACGGCGAACAGAUUGCGGUACCAUCCGUGGGAUUUAUGUAAACACCCGAAAUGGAAUGAUGCCAGAAAGAAUUUUGAUACAAACAUUAAUUGGUCGUGUAGUAGCAGACGAUAUAUAUAUAGGUUCACGGUGCAUUGUCGUUAGAAAUCAAGAUAUUGGAAUUGGACUUAUCAAUCGAUUCAUAACUUUUCAAACACAACCAAUAUUUAUUCGAACCCCCUUUACCUGUAGGAAUACGUCUUGGAUCUGCCGAUUGUGUUAUGGGCGGAGUCCUAUUCAUGGGGACCUGGUAGAAUUGGGAGAAGCUGUAGGGAUUAUUGCUGGUCAAUCUAUUGGAGAACCGGGAACUCAACUAACAUUAAGAACUUUUCAUACUGGUGGAGUAUUCACAGGGGGUACUGCUGAAUAUGUGCGAGCCCCCUCGAAUGGAAAAAUAAAAUUUAAUGAGGAUUUAGUUCACCCUACACGGACACGUCAUGGAUAUCCUGCUUUUAUAUGUAAUAUAGACUUCUAUGUAACUAUUGAAAGUGACGAUAUUAUACAUAACGUCAUUAUUCCACCAAAAAGUUUUCUAUUAGUUCAAAAUAAUCAAUAUGUAAAAUCAGAACAAGUGAUUGCGGAGAUCCGCGCGGGAACAUCUACUUUAAAUUUGAAAGAGAGGGUUCAAAAACAUAUUUAUUCUGACUCAGAAGGGGAAAUGCAUUGGAGUACCGAUGUGUACCAUACAUCACAAUUUAUAUAUAGUAAUGUACAUAUCUUACCAAAAACAAGUCAUUUAUGGAUAUUGUCAGGAAAGUCGUGCAGGUCUAAUACAAUCCAUUUUUUACUUCGCAAGGAUCAAGAUCAAGUUACCAUGGAUUCACUUUCUAAUGGAAAAACAAAUAUUUCGAAUCUUUUAGAAAGGAAUGAUCAAGUAAAACAUAAAUUCAAUACUUUUGGUACAAAAGAAAAGUGGAUUAGCGAUUCUUCAAUAUUGAAUCAAAUCAUAUGUACAGAUCAUUCUGAUUUAAUGUAUCCUGCUAUUUUGAACGAUACUUUUUAUUUCUUGGCGAAAAGGCGAAGAAAUAGAUUUCUUAUUCCAUUUCCAUUCCAAUCGAUUCAAGAACGAAAGAACGAACUAAUGUCCCCUUCCGGUGUCUCCAUUGAAAUACCUAUCAAUGGUAUUUUUCAUGAAAAUAGUAUUUUUGCUUAUUUCAAUGAUCCUCAAUACAUAAGACAGAGUUCAGGAAUUACUAAAUAUACAACUAUAGGAAUUCAUUCUAUUUUUCAAAAAGAAGAUUUCAGUGAGUAUCAAGGAAUCGAAGAAGUAAAGCCAAAAUACCAAAUUCAAGUAGAUAAAAUUUUUUUUAUUCCCGAAGAAGUGCAUAUUUUACCCGAAUCUUCUUCCCUAAUGGUACGGAAUAAUAGUCUUGUUGGAAUAGGAACACCAAUCACUUUCAAUAUAAGAAGUCGAGUAGGCGGAUUGGUCCGAUUAGAAAAGAAAAAAAAAAAAAUAGAAUUAAAAAUAUUUUCUGGAAAUAUCCAUUUUCCCGGAGAGAUGGAUAAGAUAUCCCGACACAGUGCCAUCUUGAGACCGCCCGGAACGGUAAAAAAAAAAAAAUGCAAGGAAUCAAAAAAAUUUAAAAAUUGGAUUUAUGUCCAAUGGAUCGCAACUACCAAGAAAAAGUAUUUUGUUUUGGUUCGACCUGUAAUUUUAUAUGAAAUACCGGACAGUAUCAAUUUUGUAAAACUUUUUCCCCAAGAUCUAUUCCAGGAAAAGGAUAAUCUGGAACUAAAAGUUGUCAAUUAUAUUCUUUAUGGAAAUGGAAAAUCCAUUCGGGGAAUUUCCGACACAAGGAUUCAAUUAGUUCGGACUUGUUUAGUCUUCAAUUGGGAUCACGGGAAAAAAAGUUCUUCUAUUGAGGAGGCCCCCGCUUCCUUUAUUGAAGUAAGUACAAAUGGUUUGAUUGAGUAUUUUCUAAGAAUUGACUUAGUCAAAUCUAAUACUUCAUAUAUUAGAAAAAGAAAUGACCCGUCUGGUUUAGGAUUGAUCAGGGAUAAUCAAUCGGAUCGAAUCAAUCCCUUUUUUUCUAUUCAUUCCAAGGGAAAAAUUCAACAAUCACUUAG